GUGGACUACAUAGCUUAUGAAGAGGCGUUUGGUAUUCGUCCACUGUCGCUGCUUUAAUGCGUCAUCAUUCUGCGACAAGAUUAACGCGCGCGCCGGUUCAAAACAGCUAUAACUGUUGUUUGUAAUUUACGUGUAAUUUAGUGUAAAAUUAUAAAGUCAGUCAUGUUAAAGAAAGCGCCGAGAGUAGCCUUAAAAGCUCACAUGAAAAAGAGAUCGGACGUACGGAUUGGAAAAAACGCGGACUUGAUGGUCCAGCUGAAUCUGCUGCUUGUCUUACAUCGACUGGCAGAAGAGUCUAGAAUCAAGGCCUUUGAGGAGAAAACAGCUACUAUCAAAGUCCACCAUGUUAAAGCUGUUGCAAAGAAAUUGUUGAAGAGCACACGAGGAUGAGGUGGAACACAUUGCAUCCUCUGUUACCCUGAAACUGCACAGAGCCCACAGUCUGAGAGAGCCCAGGUAUCCAGUGCACUCCAGACUCAACUGGGGCCAGGACACAUGAGUCAUGCCAUGAGUCAACAUACGCUUACCAUUUGUUCAUCUUUACCACAGGACCUUCUUCGUCUUUUUUGCAUUUGACUCUCUUAUUCUUUCUUUCUUUUUUUUUAUUGUGUAGUCCUAAAAUGUGCAACCUGCAUGAUGGUGUACAAACCCUCCCUCUCAGAUUAAUUCCCUGUGGAGAUCUGUUCACUUUUCCUCUCCAUUACUGUUGACCUUUUGCUUUAGAGUGGUGUUGGGAAAUAGCUGUGUAUAAACUUUUAGUCCGUGACUGAUGGUAUCAGGCCUGAAUAUCCGUAGCCACAAAUGUUUUCCUCCUGCAUUUUGGAUUUUUAUUAGUACUUAAUAUGUGUUAAUAAACAAUUUCUGCCACUUAACUUGGGCGUAAUAUGUUACCCUGACACUCCCUCUUCCUCUUCCCCCCCUUCCGUGUUAUAUGCAUAAAAACCCC